AUGGUUACUGGGUAUGCAAGAAAAGGCCCUGUUAACGACGCGCUAAAUGUGUUUAUGAGAAUCCCCGAAACCAACGAACUAGGAUGGACUGUUCUUGUCACUACAUAUGCCCAGCUUGGGCAUAUUGAAAAAGCCAAGGAGCUUUUUAGUAAAAUGCCACACCGCGACUUAAUCUCGUGGAACGCAAUGCUAGCGGCAACGGCCAGCCUGCAAGAAGCAAGGUCUCUGUUUGAUGCCAUGCCACAGAGGAACGUUGCAUCGUGGUCGACAAUGAUCACCGCACUGGCGGAGAGAAACCAGCUCGAAGAAGCUCGCAUUCUCUUCGAUCGAGUUCCCUAUCACGACGACGUGGUGUGGAUUGCCAUGAUCUUGGCCUACUCCAACCACGGCCACCUCGAAGAAGCCAUGAAGAUGUUUGCACGGAUGCCACAGCGCGAUCUCGUCGCUUGGACGGCAACGGUGGCGGCAAUUGCUUUGCACGGGAGUUUGAUCGAUGCCAGAGCCUUGUUCGACCAAAUGCCACAGCACGAUCGCGUCGCGUGGAACACGAUGCUGGGAGCUUUACAUCCAGAGCAAUUGCCUCGUCCAAGCGCGGGAGCUCUUCGUGGCCAUGCCGGUGAGAGACACAUCGAGCUGGAACACGAUCCUUGCCGCGAGCGCUGA